AUGAGUCUUUUUGGCCUUGGCAGGAAUCAAAGAACAUUCCGACCAAAGAAAAAUGCACCAUCAGGCAGUAAGGGGGCACAACUAAGAAAGCAUAUCGAUGCGACUUUAGGCAGCGGAAAUUUGAGAGAAGCUGUACGGCUACCACCUGGAGAAGAUAUCAACGAAUGGCUUGCCGUCAAUACUGUUGAUUUCUUCAACCAGGUUAAUCUGCUAUAUGGAACCCUUACAGAGUUUUGUACACCAGAAAACUGUCCAACAAUGUCUGCUGGUCCCAAGUAUGAGUACAGAUGGGCAGACGGUGUACAAAUCAAGAAACCCAUCGAGGUUUCAGCUCCUAAAUAUGUCGAGUACUUGAUGGACUGGAUCGAAACCCAGUUGGACGAUGAAUCGAUAUUUCCUCAAAAGCUUGGCACGCCAUUUCCUUCCAACUUCAGGGACGUUGUGAAGACUAUAUUCAAACGCCUGUUCCGUGUAUAUGCACAUAUAUAUCACUCUCAUUUUCAGAAGAUCGUGAGUCUUAAGGAGGAGGCUCAUCUAAAUACCUGCUUCAAGCAUUUUAUACUGUUUACCUGUGAGUUUGGGCUGAUUGACAAGAAGGAGCUGGCUCCACUUCAAGAGCUCAUAGAAUCCAUUGUUCCUUACUGA